AUAUCUCCUCUUAAUAGAGAUCGUAUAUAUAUAUACAUAUAUAUAUAUAUAUAUAUAUAUAUAUAUUUUUUUUAUUUCAAAUCUUUUCUCAUAGAUAUAUUUGCACUUUCCCUCGUGGCAAACGAUAACGUUUAUAUUCUUUGUCAUUGUCUUCCCGAUUUCAGAUAUUCGAUUUAGAAACAAAUCUAUCGACCAAUUAUGUCGGUUGACAUUAAACUUUCGAGAAACGAUGCUCAACCUUGGGGCCUUCGUCUUUCCGGAGGGGUGGAUUUCAGUUUUCCUUUGACAGUCGUCAGGGUAACAAUCGGAGGGCUGGCCGAUAAAGCUGGCUUACGAGCGGGUGACGUGGUGAUCAAAUUGAAUGGAGAACCUAUGCAUCAGCUGACACAUGCCGACGCUCACAAUAGACUUGUCAAUGCUGGCAACGAGUUCGAGCUGACUGUCGCACGAGAUCGUAUAAUCCGUAACGUUCCCCAACAGUAGAACCGCUUUUCAUCCUUUAUCAUUCCCUUACAUCCUUUUCUUUCCUUCUACCCUUCUCGUCAAUUUUCACGAUCGCAUUGUACGAAAGAAAUAGACGCAUAUUUGAAAUAAGAGACCUUUUCAAAUAUUUCGCUAUAGCGGCGAUUUAAUAAUUCGUUUUCACCGAAUAGAAUAAGAAGAAGAAGAAGAAGAAGAAGAAGAAGAAGAAGUUGUUUAUCGAGGCAUGCUCGCGCGGCAUCUGGCAACGUUAACCAAGGUCCAUUCGGAUGAGCUUGCGACAUUCUUGUUUCGUCCAAUGUGCGCUUGAUUGACCUACAUCGCGGUAUACAAUUUGUCAACUAUCGAUCCUAACUCGAAGCGAUCGCCUGGCAACGACAACGGCGUGCUUUUCGACCACUCUCUCGUCCCUUCUCUCUACCUCCCCCCUUCUCCUCCUCUCUCUCUCUCUCUCUCUCUCUCUCUCUCUUUCUCUCUCUCUCUUCGACCACUCGAGAGCGAACCUUUUUAAGAUCCAAUUAGUUGAUCCACUUUGGACGGCAAGAAGCAAACGUUAAGUGCACCUUAUCCGCAAACCUCGAUGCACCACCUUUCCUCUUUCCAAAGAAAAUCGUCCAUUCUCGAGAAGCCCGCUGGUAGGUCUUCGUUUAGAUCAGAUAAUUGAGACAAAAGGACAGCGUUUAUAAUCUCGACAUUAAUAUUAUCGCGAUAUUGAAAGAUUAGACGACGACUCGAAUUUUCUCAGAAUCCUUCAACUGUUUUUUUACCAACGAAAUCUCACCUUCGUUCCUUAUCCUCUCGUAAUCUCUCUCCGUAAGGGGAGAGGCAAAUUGCAAUCCGUGUUUCUUCAAUCGAUAUGCAAUAGUUAUCGAUCAUCGUUGUACAUGCGUCAUUGAAAACUUGGACAUGGGCAGAAAAACGAAACGAUAGUUGUUCACGUGUAUCGCACAUAACUUAAUUUUCUUUUAAUAUAUUAGAUAUCGUUCAUAUAAUAUGACUUUCGUGCUACCAUUAAGCGUGGCACGAUAAACGGUCUUGUGUGUGUAUGUGUGUAUGUGUGUGUGCCAUGUCGCACGCCUUUCGCAUCGUAUCGUAUCAAUAAUUUACACAAAAAUUAUACAAUACAACAUCCUGUUUUCUACUCUUUCAUUACGUUAUAUGCGCGCUUGAUUACACUCACACAACGCAUCUUCUUCUAAAUAAUAUAUUUCUCAUUUCUUUUUCUUUAUUCUCACCGUGUCGCGAUCGGCGAGAGAGGGACUAAGGUUUUGGGAUCGAUAAUAAAAAAGAAAGGACACUUUCGUAGAUACAAGAGGAACACGUAGAAAAAGAAAAACGCAAACUAAGACUAUAACGUAUUCGUAUAAGUAAUAACGCUCACACACGUAGGCGUAUCUCUCUGAUUAAUAUUUUCAUCGACUCUUGAAGUUUCGUCUCUUUUUAAAAAAUCAAUUUAACAUCUGUCGUAAAGAAAGAUGAUAACCAAUGGUCCUUACGAUCGGUCGAUCGUACACGAUCACUCCAAUAUUUUUCGCAGAAAGUGUGCUUGGAAAGUUGACAAUUAUUCCAGUUAAUAUUCCUUCUUUGAUUUCACGUGGUCAAUUAUAUCGAAUUGUAUCGAGUUAUAUCGAUCUCGAAAGAUUACAAGAAUUAUAUAUAGAUACGAUAGGAUAAACUUAUCAGAUCCUUGAGCCCGAUUAUUCCAGAUAUUAUUUUAUUGUUAUUAUUAUUAUUAUUAUUAUUACUAUUAUUAUUAUUAAUCUUAUUAUUCUUAUUCUUAUUCUUAUUCUUAUUCUUAUUAUUAUUAUUAUUAUUAUUAUUAGUAUUAUUAAUAUUAUUAAUAUUAUUAUUAUUAACAUUAUCAUCGUCAUCAUCAUUAUUAUUUAUUAAUUUUGAUAAGCUUAUGGAAAAUGAUAUGUUCGAUUUAUACGUGACACACUCCGUUCGUUCUCUUUAUUUUUUUCUUUUUUUGUUCUUUUUAAUAGUACAAUGAUCAAAACAUGAUCAUCGUCGGUUUCAUGUCUAUUUUCAAAUGACUUUCAAAAAUUUACGAUGAAUUCUCGCAAAUUUAUUUCACAUAUGUUCCUUCUUUCCUUUUUCUUUUUUAUUUAUUCAUUUAUUUUUGUUUCUUAUAUCAUCUCUCACUUUGUCGAGUUUUCGUUUCUUCGUCACAAACAGUUUUAAUAAUUCUUUCGAACUAAAGGGAACUUUAAAGGUUCCAUUAUUUAAAUCACAUCUAAUGCGGAUUAUUACGGCGAUACGAUUAGCGACAUGAUGAGAAUUUCUUAAAGCUUAAUCGCAAAGGUAAGAUUUUCAAAAAAGAUUAACUAUAGAUGUAUAUAUCUAACAUUAUGUAUGAUCAUCGUCUGGACUCGGGUGGCCGUUGUUACUUAUAUUCGAUCCGAUAUAAAGGAUAUAUCAUCGUGAUUUGACAGAUUUAUGCGAGGAAAAAGGAAAACCGUGCUCUAUAUUCAAGGAUCGAGACGUCUAAGAAGUACAACCUAGCCGCCAAAAUUUUUCGAGAAAAAAGAGAGGGAAGCGAGGAAAAGAGAAGAGAAAAGAGAGACACAGAUUCUCUUUCGGCUUAAUCGAAGGAUUUUAACUAACGGACAUGAACGAGGAGAGACGAUAAAUAUCGUUCUCGUCGUCGUUCAGCGAUCGAUCUCGAUAUAUGUAAAUGUGCACUUUGGUAUACGAAUAUACAUUCAUACAUGCAUACAUACAUGCAUACAUACAUACAUACAUACAUACAUACAUACAUACAUACAUACAUACAUACAUACAUACAUACAUACAUACAUACAUACAUAUAUACAUGCAUACAACAUACAUAUUCGUAUAAUUUUGUAUAUAUAAUUGCAUAUACAUACAGGCACGCACGCCGCACGCACGCACUUAGCGUCAUUAUGCACAUCGCGUUUGCGUCCAUUGGUUUUAUAAGAGAUCCUUAUAAAUACGAGCGAGAGGAAAAACGAAAACGAUCUUUCGCGAUCGCAUUUCGUUUUCCUUCUUCUUCUUUUCCUUUUUUUCUCAUAUCAUCUUCUCCAUCCUCUCUCGAACGUAGAAAUAUUGUCAUAAUGUAUAUAGGUACAAUACGGGUCAGGUACAAGAGUAGCAUAUCAGGAUCGAUUUGUCUUAUUUCUUUUUCUUUUCUCUUUCGAAGAGAGGACGAAGAUCGUUCUUUUAUCACAAACCUUUUUUUUUAUCCCGCGAGAACGAGAAUAAUUACAAU